UUUACUGGGAGGGCAGCAGGAAUAACACGGAUUUGAUCGGUUUAUGUGAGAUUAUCUUUUUGACUGAUGGUGCUUUCAUGAAGUAUGUGGAAGAGGACGUUCCAGACGCAUGUUGGUGUAUAAACCUGUGAGGUCACGGCAGGUAGGAGCUGGUUCACGCCCUUUAAUGACAGGAAAAGGUUGCAUGAAACCGACUGAAGCGACCUCACAGUGACAGAAGAAGACCAGCCGGUGGAGUUAACAUGACAGAGAGGAAGAUGCAGGAAGCUUUGGCGAUGACUUCCAGAGUGUUUGGUGAUCUGGAGGAUGAGGAGGAGGAAGAGGAGGAAGAAGAGAGGAUCAACCCGACGGAGGUGAAGAUGAGUCAGAUCGUGAUGCCGUGUCACAGCAACCAUCGGCAGGAGCUCAGCGCGGGACAGCUGCUCAAAUGGAUGGACUCCACCGCCUGCCUGUCUGCUGAGAGGCAUGCUGGAAGUCCCUGCGUCACCGCUUCCAUCGACGACAUCUACUUUGAACACACGAUUAGCGUGGGUCAGGUGGUGAACAUCAGGGCGAAGGUCAACAGAGCCUUUAACACCAGUAUGGAGGUGGGCGUACAGGUGAGCUGCGAGGACCUGUUCACUGAUCGUCACUGGAGGGUUUGUCAAGCCUACGCCACCUUUGUAACGCAGCGCACAAGCACAGGGCAGAAGGUGACUCUGAAGCCCAUCGUCCCUCACAGUCAGAAGGAGCAGGUGGAGUACAGCGUGGCGGCCGAGAGGAGGAGGGUCCGGAUGGUCCACGAUGACAUCAUCAAGGAUCUGCUGUCCAGUGGGUCGAUCCAGCAGGCCGACAGCUCAGUGGUCUCCAAUAAAGUGGCAGCAGAGAAGACCAAGGUGGAGAGCGUUGAGCUGGUUCUACCUCCACAUGCAAACCAUCAGGUGAACACGUUUGGAGGACAGAUCAUGGCCUGGAUGGUGAAUGUAGCAACGAUUGCUGCCAGCCGUCUGUGUCAGGCUCAUCCGACUCUUCGGACCAUCGACAUGUUCACCUUCAGAGGACCUUCUCAGGUUGGAGACAGACUGCUGAUGAGGGCGAUAGUCAACAACGCCUUCAAAAACAGCAUGGAGGUGGGAGUUCGUGCAGAAGCCUACCAUGAGGAGGGGCCUAACCGACACAUAAACUCAGCCUUCAUGACCUUUGAGGUGCUCGACGACCACGGGAAGCCAUGCACGUUACCACGGAUACGACCUGAACCUCUGGAAGGUGAGAGGAGGUUCCAGGAGGCCAUAGCCAGAAAAAAGAUCAGACUGGACAGAAAAUACAUAAUUUCUCGUAAGCAGGCUGAAGUCCCUCUGUCUGUACCCUGGAACCCAUCAAACCAGGUGUAUCUGAGCUACAACAACGUGUCGGCUCUGAAGAUGCUGUCUGCUAGAAACAACUGGCGUCUCAGCUCUGAGAAAGACACGGUUCGUCUCUACACCCUGGAGCAGAAAUCCAUGCUGAGUUUCCGGGUGGAGGCGGAGGUGGACGUUCCCGCUGACAGGGCGUUUUAUCUGCUGGCCGAGCUGAGCGACAGACCGAGCUGGGAUUCACACUACAAGAAAUGUGAGCGGAUUCAUCGGGUGGAUGACGACGACUUCCUCUAUCGUGUGGUGACUCCAUCAGUUCCUCCUGGAGCCGUGGGAUCCCCGACUUCAGCCAACAGCCCAGGAGGGAUUCUACAGGAUUUCAUCUUGUUGGCUUCCAGAAGGAAACCGUGUGGCAGCGGAGAUCCGUACGUUAUCGCUCUGCGCUCAGUCACCCUCCCUACUCACCCUCCUACUGAGAGAUUCAACAGAGGAGAGGUCCUCUGUGCUGGAUUUACUAUUCUGGAAACCAAACAGAACAAGUCCCUGAUCAGUUACUACAACCAGGCGUCUCCAGAGGUACUGCCCUACAUCUCCACAGACAUCGCUGGACUCUCCUCCUCCUUCUACCAUACCUUCUGCUCCUGCAGCCAAUACCUGACCAGGAGAAGGCUGCAGUCCGACUCUGAGGUUCAAGACGACCGACACCAGGCCUCUGAUGGUCCCACCGGUCUGUCAGAGACGCUCAACAGCACCCAGCUGUAGACGCUCCGUGGUGCUUCUAGGCCGGUUUACAUCAGCGCAGGAUGGAAUCACAGCAGUGCCAUAGUAAAAGAUAAAUCUGUUUUUAAAAAAAAGGAAAUAAAUGUGUAAAUAUAAAGAAAAAAUGAACAAUAAAUUAAUAUGUUAAAAAAUAAGGAAAUGUGUAAAUAUGAAGAGGAAUAAAUAAAAAAAACUAAUAAACAAAUCUGUUAAAAAAUAAAGAAAUAAAUGUGUAAAUAUAAAGAAAAAUGAACAAUAAAUGAAUAUGUUAAAAAAUAAGGAAAUGUGUAAAUAUAAAGAGGAAUAAAUAAAAAACUAAGAAAGAAAUCUGUUAAAAAUAAAGAAAUAAACAUGUAAGUAUAAAGAGGAAACAAUAAAAAUAUAAAAAAUGUAUUUGUCAAGAAAAAAAGGAAAUGUGUAAAUAUAAAGAGGAAUAAAUAAAAAAUAUAUAUCUGUUAAAAAUAAGGAAAUAAAUGUGUAAAUAUAAAUAGCAAUAAAUAAAUAAAACUUAAUAAUAAGGAAAUAAAUGCAAAUAUAAAGAGGAAUAAAUAAAAAGAAUUAAAUCUGUUAAAAAUAAGGAAAUAAAUGUAAAUAUAAAGAGGAAUAAAUAAAUACAUAUCUGUUAAAAAUAAGGAAAUGUGUAAAUAUAAAUAGCAAUAAAUAAAACUUAAUAAGGAAAUAAAUGUGCAAAUAUAAAGAGGAAUAAAUAAAAAGAAUUAAAUCUGUUAAAAAUAAGGAAAUAAAUGUGUAAAUAUAAAGAGGAAUAAAUAAAAACAUCUGUUAAAAAUAAGGAAAUGUGUAAAUAUAAAUAGCAAUAAAUAAAACUUAAUAAGGAAAUAAAUGUGCAAAUAUAAUGAGGAAUAAAUAAAAAGAAUUAAAAUAAAUCUGUUUACUUUUUUCAUUUAUUCCUCUUUAUAUUGUCUCAUUGUUCAACAGAUUUUUCAUUCAUUCUUUUAUUUAUUCCUCUUUAUAUUUACACAUUUAUUUCCUUAUUGUUGAACAGAUUUGUCUUUUAUUGUGGCACUCCUUUGAUUCCGCAGCGCAGACAUUAAUCUAUUGUUCAUACGAGAAGAAAUUACAGGUUCACAGUGAACAAAAGUGAACAAUUCUUUUUUUUAUAAAAAGGUCUUAACAUAGAGUCUUGUAGUAAAAGAUCACAGUUAAGUGAGUAAAAUAGAACUAUGUCACAUAACGCUCACUCUAGUAGGCGACAGAAUCAAGCGUAAGAUCCAGACAUUAUGCAAAAUCUCUGUUUGUAAAUCUUAGGUACGUGCUAAUGUUAGUGUCUUGGGCCAACACAAACACUAAGAGCUGACAGCAGUUAGCACUCGACUAAUGUUUUUGUUGUUGUUUUUCAGGGUCGAUACUGAUAUCAAUGAUUGGUACUCAAGAAAUAAUAAUGAUGAUCAAUAUUUGGAACUGAUGUGCACUACCAGUCAAAAGUUUGGACUCACCUUCUCAUUCAAUGGCUUUAAUUUAAGUAUUUUAAAUAUUGUAGAUUCAUACCGAAGACAUCAGAACUGUAAAAGAAUGCCUGUGGAAUUAUGUUGUAAGCAAAAAAAUGUUAAUCUUCAGUGUUAAUCUACCAUGUAGAAAAUAAUACUUAAAAAUAAAAAUCACUGAAUGAGAAGUUGUGCCCAAACUUCUGACCGGUCGUGUACAUUAAACAUUAUGUAUUAACAGCAUGUGACAGCAGAAAGCAUUCUUAACUUCAUUAUUAAUAAUUACUGUGACUGAAUCUCCACAAUAGAAACAUGAGUAAUGAUAUCUGAAGAUGCUCUAUUGAUUAUUUGAUCGGUUUGUCUCCUGCUGUAACAUUUACAGUUUUUCUGUUAUUUUCAUUCUUCUCUGUUCAGUCACUUUUAUUUGCCCAUAAAGGCUCAAAUUUUAUAGCAUUAUUAGCUGUUGUUUUCCAGACACUAACUUAGCUGCUAGUUGUUAGCGUAGCCUUAUCAAUAACAUCUUAUUUCCUGGUUUUUGGUGACAGCUGUGCUUCCUGUUCUUUUUUUUCCCAGGUUGUGUUUCUGCUGAAGAGAAACAUCUGGCAGUUAGAGCAGACUGUAAAAUGAAUAUCUGAUAAUUGGGAAAAAGAUGCAGGAUAUCGUCCCUGAUAAUUAACCAGGCCGAUAAUUGAUGAAUCGUUUUUGUAUAAAUCAUGCAUGUAACUUCCAGAACUUUAAAGUGAAGCGAACGCACAAAGCCAGAUUGUGUAGAAGUCUGUUAGAACAUGAACCUUCUUCUCACUGGAUCUGUUUCCUCAUUUAGUAUUUUCCAAAUGAAUUUAUGAUCUCAAUCUGUAGACAUCUUUAAAUACAACAUGUUGUUUAUUUUGUAAAAGAUGGUUCCAUUUUGGGUACAAUGUAUAAUAAAGCACACCGCUUUGUAAUAAUG